AUGAUGAACAAGUCUGACUCGCACGACAGUGGUGUUGAAAAUCACAGCUAUAAUGAACGAUUGAUUAAUAAUAAUUCAACUGUACAAGCACGACGUGCACGUCGUCAAAAUCGAACAACGUCUGCAACAACAAGCAUCGAUGAGACACGAGUUGAAGUUCCUGAAACUCACCUACGACGACCUGGAUCCCGUCAGCGACGAAAACCAUCCCCGAAUGACUCCGUUUUACCUCCAGCAACGACAGUGACUGUAGAACAUGAAGCUAAACCAGCAAGAAAAAAGAAAACAUUUAAAGUGCGUGAAGGCGAAGAUAUUGAGAUGACUGUCAAGAAACCAAAUGAUGCUCGUCGACAAAAAAGACGAACUCAAUCCAAAGAACCACAUUCAGAUGUCGAAACAAGAGUCGAUCCACACAAAGAUAAAAUACUUGGAAUUUCUGUUCAUCGGACAGACCGUUUAAAAACAGAUCUUCGACUUCGCCACCCAUUUGUACGCGUUCAUCUAAUUGAUGUCAAUACAAGAUCUUACGUACGAAAAUUAAAUCCAAAUCAUUCAGUACUUCAUUAUCAUAAUAUAAAUGAUCAGACACAAGAUUUUAUUCCAUCUGUUCCAACCGAACCUUAUGAUUUUACUGUUAAUCGUUCAACUAUUCCAUCAUGGGAAAACAUGAUCGUAGUUGAUGAAGAUUAUUCAUACUUUACCACAGUUCAACAACAGAAUGUCGUAUUUUUCUUCGAGAUUCUCGACUAUUUUAAUAAUCCCCAAAAUCCAACGGAUCGAUCGAAUACAUUUCCCAUUGCAUGGUCAUUCUUAAAAAUUCUUGGUUUACGAAAUACUCUGAAUACUGAACGAAUGGUUCGUUUACAACUUUGGGAACCAGUCGGCCACUAUUCUUCCGGAUCAUCUGUGCCCGAUUUUGUCAACUGGUACGCUCAUAUGAAUCGACAAAAAUAUCCAUCUACACUCUAUGUAACAAUAAAACCUUUGGAUUCAAGAGGAAGGUAUCAUCCAGGUAUACGAUCGGUUGUCGAUGGCGACAUUGAAGGAAUGCGAGAACGAUAUAAUCAAUUAACCAAAGAAAUCGAAGAUUCGAACAUUGUUGGUGCUAAACAUCCUAUGGAUGGUCAACCAACGGAUUUGGGCAGCCCACAAAUGGGACCCUUACAACGUGUAUUACAAAAGCCACCACGUUGGCACAAAUUAUCAAGUUCUAAAUGUAAAAUACCAACUGAACAAAUACUUGCACUUAACACAAGUGAACGUGGCUGCUCAUCAAUACGUUUUUCGCACAAUGGUUAUUUUAUUGCGUGCGCUGAAGUAAAUAAACUACAACAGAAUAACUUAAUAUCUAUCUAUGAAAUUCCACAUGAUCGACGUGUAGCUAUAUUUAUUGGACAUCUACAAAUGAUUUAUGACAUGGAUUGGUCAAGAACUGAUCGUUAUUUAGCAUCGGCAUCAGCCGAUUCCUCUGUCAAAAUAUGGAAUUUCGAAGAAACUCAACGAAAACCUUGGCGUUCGCUAGCUCAUCCUAGUUAUGUUUAUUGUGUUCGCUUUCAUCCAUCAUCGGAAGAUUUAAUUGUCACUGCUGGUUAUGAUAAAUUAAUACGCAUAUGGAAUAUUGAUAAGAAACAUGGAACUAUAGUACGAACAAUGAAUGAUCAUUUAGGAUAUAUUAGUAGUCUAUCAUUUAAUCCAAAUGGUACGCAGUUAGCAUCUGUUGAUAGUAUUGGUGCUAUUAAAAUUUGGAAUGGACUACCAAGUGAAACAAUAUCUGCAGAUAGUUGGUCAUUGUAUUCCAAUUUAGAUUUCGAAGAGUUAAAAGUAGAAAAAGCAAAAAAUUUGUCUUUCUUAUUUGAUCGUUUAUUUUUUAUUGAACAGAAUAUUCCAUUGAACAGUGUUACAUAUUCGCCGGGUGAUCACUUUUUAUUAGUAUCUGCGCGUGAUAAUUUAAUUGUCCUAGUCGAUGUUCGAACGAGAAGUAUUUCGCGUCAUUACGUCGGAGCGUUCAAUUUACAAGAUCGGAUUCGUUCAUCAUUUUCCUCGUGUGGCUCUCUUGUUUUUGCUGGUAGUGAAGAUGGACAAGUGUAUUGUUGGAAUACAUACGAAGGAACGUUGCUUUACUCAUAUAAACAUCUAAAUUAUACUCAACCAGCUAUUGAUAUACAAUUUCAUCCGUUAGAUAAUAUAUUAGCGAUGUGCGCAAUCGGCACACAGCAUCAAGUUUACUUGUUUCAAUAUACACAUGCUGAUGCAGAUAUUGAAGCUAAACCUGUGGCACGACCAUAUUCAGGAAAAGGUGGACCUAUGCCAAUAACAAAAACAACAUCCCUCGCCAUAUCUGAUGAUGAAAAACCAACACUACCAUUCAGAGAUCGAUAUGAUUCCAGUGCACGACAAAUUCAUCCUUCAGAUACAGAUAGAAGUAUAAUAAAAUCAAGAGUAGAUAGUAGUGGCGAUGAGUCGCGACAACGAUUACCGUCCAAGAGUGACUCAAGAAAUCGACGCUUAGCAGUUGUGAAUAAAAUUCUGGAUGAAAUGGAUGAUGUGAUUCAUUCAAAAUCUAGAACCGAUCGUCCUCAAGAUCCUAUAACAGAGUAUGGCGGUGGUCAUAUAAUGUCACGUUCAACAGAACGCGAUCUUUCACCCUAUCAAGGACGUCGAAAUGCUCCCCUGUCAGGUUAUACAUCUGAUUCUGGUCGACCACCACUCGUUAGUCCUUUACGUAAUUUAACGACGCCAGAUCUUUUCGAACCUGUAUCGAAUCGAACUGACGAUGAUGAAAGGCAUGCGCAUGGAAAACCUCCGCCAUCGGCUAAUCAAAUAAUGAUUGCAACAACGAAUUAUACAGCUCAACGUCCGGAAGAAUUAUCGUUUUCGAGAAAUGAUAAAAUAAAAAUAUUAAAAAGGGAAUCUCAUCUUCUUUGGUACGCUGAACAUGUUCAAACAGGUACACGGGGUUAUGUUUCGCCAACUCGUGUACAUAUUAAUGCAAAAGAAACAUAUCCACAAGUGCAUAAAUCGGCCAUGUCAAGUACAGAUGCACAUUCAAUUAGUGACAUACCACGUUUGGACAAUAGUAGUCGAAGAUCAGCACAUAAAAGUGUGAAAUUCGACAGUUCCGAUUAG